ACCGUGGAACGUCAUUGCGCGCACUGGCAGCGCUCGAACUCACCCUCGCAGCCGCUUUUAUAAAGCGCUAAAUACGAAUAUUUCCGAAAAGGAGCCUCCACCUCGCAGGCGAGAACACUUGACGCGUGUCCGUGGAGCGGCGCGGACCAUAACCGAAGCGCAGGGGAUUUUACGCACGGCUUUUACGCACGGCUUUGGAGACGUAAAGAAAGCAUGGCGCUGACAGGAGUGAUGCUGCCUUCCUUCUCCACCUUCAGCAACCCGACAUGGGAACACAGGUGGAAAGCCGAAAGUGACUGCUCCGUGCUAGAGACGAGUCCGUGUCCCAAAAAGGACGAGGAAGACCUGAGCAACUACUUGGACCUGGAUUUUAUUCUGGCCAACAGCACCGCCGCCUACGUGGCUCCGGCCGACCCGGGGGUGUACACCGACGAGCCCGCCUUCUCCCCGCCGGCGCCCGCCGAGCACCGCUCCCCGCCGCCGCCGUACGGCGCCAGCCUCAUGACCGAGCUGAUGCGCUCCGAACCCGGCGGCUACGGCUCGACGCGCGGCGGCGCCCCCGCCGUGCAGGGCAGGUUUUACGUCAAUUUCCCGCGCCAGGACAUUAAAGUGGAGCCCUCCAUGGAGAGCUACGGCAUGGCGCCUCAAAGCUGCGGCAAUAAGAUCAAGCAAGAGGGGAACGUUUCGUGCAUGAUGUCCUUCGAGCAGCCCCGGGUGGCCAUCUCGCCCUUGACCCCGCCGCUCAGUCCGGACGAGCAGGCGGCGUCGGACAUGAGCUGCUACAAGUACCACCACCACCACCACCACCACCACCCGGCCGCCUCCUUCCACCACAUGCACAUGGCCUACCACGGCGGGCGCCACCCGGCGUUCGGCGUGUACGACGACGCCCUAACCCAGCUGCAGCCGGGCGCCCAGCGGGUGAUGCUCACCCCUCCGUCCUCCCCGCUGGAGCUGCUGGAGUCCAAGCCCAAGCGGGGUCGACGCACCUGGCCGAGGAAGCGCACGGCCACGCACACCUGCACCUUCGCCGGCUGCGGGAAGACCUACACCAAAAGCUCCCACCUGAAGGCGCACCUGCGGACGCACACGGGUGAGAAACCAUACCACUGCAGCUGGGAAGGCUGCGGCUGGAAGUUCGCCCGCUCGGACGAGCUGACGCGUCACUUCCGGAAACACACCGGACACCGGCCGUUCCAGUGUCACCUGUGCGAGCGCGCCUUCUCCAGGUCUGACCACCUUGCACUGCACAUGAAGAGACACAUGUGAAGGACAGACUUAUGGGCUUUGGGUGCUUCUUUGUUGUGAUGUCAUUUUUUUUUUAUUUAAAGUGUCCUCUACAUGACUAAAGUCUUUUUUUCUACACAUAUAUAUAUGAAUAUAAGGUAACACUUUAGUAUGGGGACUUGUCCAGGGUGUACCCCGCCUUCCGCCUGAUUGUAGCGGAGAUAGGCUCCAGCAACCCCCGCCACCCCGAAAGGGAUAAGCGGUAGAAAAUGGAUGGAUGGCACUUUGGUAUGGGGAGCACAUAUUCACCAUUAAUUAGUUGCUUAUCAACAUGCAAAUUAGUAACAUAUUGGCUCUUAAUUAGUCAUUAUUAAGUACUUAUUAAUGUCUUAUUCUAUUAUACAACCAGUAAGCCAUUAACUAAGAGUCUUCCCUCAAUAACCUCAGAAUUAUUGCUUAUUAGUAACCCUAACCCUUAGAUGUUCCCCUAGUGUCCAAAUAACUGUAAAUUAAGUCUUUAUUACUUUAAUUACAUGUUUUUUUUAUUUCGCUUUGCUAUUUGGGUUUAUUAGACCCUAAUUAGAAUAAAAACUAAGAAUCAUCUUUUGAUAUGAUGUACUUAGUCCAUAAGUACACAAACGUGUACUUCAUGUUUAGUGACAUGCUAAUUCUUAUUUUUUUCCUCCCCAAAUUCCAUUGUAUGUUGUACUCUUCUGACACCACCAGAUGGCAGUAUAAGUGUCCACAUAAGUGGACAUAAGACCCCAAUUCAGUAGUGUACACAAUUUUGGAAAUAAGAGCUUAAAAAGGUGCUGUCCACGCAUGUGGCCACUAAGCCUUUAGAGGUUUUCAAUAAGCAACGUACUCAGACCUACUCAGUGGCCUAGUGGUUAGAGUGAGUGAGUUCGAACCCCGGCCGAGUCAUACUAAAGACUAAAAAAAAAAAAGGGACCCAUUACCUCCCUGCUUGGCACUCAGCAUUAAGGGUUGGAAUUGGGGGUUAAAACAGCAAAAAAUGAUUCCCGGGCGCGGCCAACGCUGCUGCUCACUGCUCCCCUCACCUCCCAGGGGGUGAUCAAGGGUAAUGGGUCAAAUGCAGAGAAUAAUUUUGCCACACCUAGUGUGUGUGUGUGACUAUCAUUGGUACUUUAACUUAACUAAUGGUGAAUAUGUUCCCCAUACUAAAGUGUUACCGACUAUAAUAUUAAUGUUAUAUCCAAUAAUGUAGCUGGUACUACUUUGGGUGAGAAAAGAUGCUCUCCAGCCAAAAAAAAAAAAAAAAAAAGGGGGCUGGUCCUGUACAGAAUAUACGGGUGCUUCAGUUCAAUUGCUGUGAAAGGUUUCCAGAAGUAAAAAAUGUAUUUCUUAAUCAUUUUAAUAUUCCUGUUAUUGAAAAAUGUCAAAAGGUUGAUGUUUACAAACUAAUGAUUGACGCUCUCAUCAGCAAAACAAACUGCAAAAAUAUCCCGAGCCUCGACUCGUCAUCUGAAUUGGAACUUCUGGAAUCUGUGAAACUUUUUUUUUUUCCCGCAGCAUAUUGUAAUUGAUUGCACCUGCACAUGUGAUGUACUCUCCUCCGCAACUGGAAUGCUGUGUUUGACACAGAAGUGCCUUUCUAUGACUCUGCUACUGUUCACUUAAGGAGACAAUCUUGUUGACAGGAAGUGCUAUUAAGACAAUGGUUUGUUUGUUUUUCCAAUCCAAAGAAAAACUGCCUCAAUGAAUGAACUGAAUGGCCUAAUUAUUAAUUAUUUGUGUUUGUGUGAUCCCAGCCCCCCUUGUGUACACUAUCAGGGCUUGACGUCCUGUGCAUUAUUUUAUACGUAAAUUUAUAUAAAUAUGUACAAUGGAUUUUAUACAGUCGAAUGUGUAUUUAUUGUAAAUAUUAAAACCUGAACGCAAACAUCAA